AUGGAGGGUGUUGAGGGUUUAAUGGGGAAGCUGCGCUUGUCGGAGGAGGAGCGGGGUGGAGUGAAGAUCGGCGGUGGUGGAUCCCGACGUUCUCGUGUGGCGGAGCCGCAGGCAGUGGGGAAGGUUUUGGCGGAGAAGUUAGUUUCGCCGGAAACCCUAGAGAGGACACUGGGACGUGUGUGGUGUCCAAUUAAGGGGGUCCUGUGUAAGGAUAUGGGCGAGAACCACUUCUUGUUCACUUUCCUGCAAGCAUCGGGGAAGCGGAGAGCCCUGGAGGAUGGCCCUUGGAUGAUUUCCAAGGAUCUGGUGGUCAUGGUGGAUUUCGACGAGUCAAAGACACUGGAUGAGAUGGAAUUCAUCUACAUUCCGAUCUGGGUUAGGGUUUCAAACCUCCCUUUUGGAAUGAUGGAUAAGGAGACUGGUGCCACGUUGGGAGAGAAGAUUGGUGUGUUCAAAGAUGUUGAUGUGGGUGAGGAUGGUACUGCAAUGGGGAGGGUUCUGUGGAUUAAGGUGGGGAAUCCGGAGAGGGAGAAGUGUUCUUUUGCUUAUGAGUAUCUCCUGGAUUUCUGCUACACGUGUGGCCACAUUGGCCAUGUUGACAAGCAGUGCUCUAUUCAGUGUGAAAAAGGGGAGCCCCAACAAUUCUCAAGGAGCCUGCGUUUCAUCCUGGAGAAGAAAAGAGGAGAGGGGUCGGAGGAGAGAAGGUUCUUUGGUGCAAAGCAGCGUGGUCCAUGGAUUAGUGGGAGUUCUGGCAGCAGGGGUUCCUAUGAGACCCGAGGUGAUCGUUGGGGCUCUUCGGGAUCAGGUAGUGCUGCUCUGAAUUGGAGAAAGGGAAGAGAUGAAAAGAGUACGGAGAAGGGAGAAGAGGUCACGAGCCCGGAAAAGCUUUUGAACGCUCAUGCAUCUGUUGCGGCAGAUGGGAGUGAGUUACUGGCUAAGAAAUCUUUACUGCCGCAGCUGGGUGCUCCUGGCUCUGUUGCAGUAGUAGAAGGUGGGGUUGCAGGGAAAGGAAGUGAGGAUGAUUUGAAGAAAGAUGGGAAGCGUGGUAAGUACAAACGGCUGGAUAAGACUAGGCCAGUUAAGAUAGAUGAUGCUAAGGGUGAUAAGGGUGAUAAGAUAUAG